AUGGCGGAGGAUGGCGCGGCAAAGGCGGGGACGGCGGUGCAGCUGAUCGACGGCGAGGGCGGGUUCGCGACCGACUCGGCCGAGCGGUUCAUGGCGGCCGCGGGCGUCGCCGAGUGCGGCCUCUCCUACGCCGUCGUCUCCAUCAUGGGGCCCCAGAGCAGCGGAAAGAGUACCUUGUUGAACCAGCUCUUUGGAACUAAUUUUAGGGAGAUGGAUGCAUUCAGGGGAAGGAGCCAAACUACCAAAGGUAUAUGGAUGGCACACUGUGUUGGUGUCGAGCCCUGUACUGUUGUAAUGGAUUUGGAAGGUACUGAUGGAAGAGAAAGAGGAGAGGAUGAUACUGCAUUUGAGAAGCAAAGUGCGUUAUUUGCUCUUGCAAUUUCGGAUAUAGUUCUGAUUAACAUGUGGUGCCAUGAUAUUGGUCGGGAACAAGCUGCUAAUAAGCCUCUUCUGAAGACAGUGUUUCAGGUCAUGAUGCGUUUGUUCAGUCCCCGUAAGACAACACUAUUAUUUGUUAUACGUGAUAAAACCAGGACUCCACUUGAACAUCUAGAACCAGUUCUAAGGGAGGAUAUUCAAAAGAUAUGGAACUCGGUUCCUAAGCCAGAGGCACACAAGGAUACUCCUCUCAGUGAAUUUUUUAAUGUGCAAGUCACUGCAUUGCCCAGUUUUGAAGAAAAAGAAGAGCAAUUCAGAGAGCAGGUUCAACAACUUAGGCAGAGGUUUGCGAAUUCAAUUGCACCAGGAGGUCUUGCAGGUGAUAGGAGAGGGGUAGUUCCCGCUUCAGGUUUCUUGUUUAGUUCACAACAGAUUUGGAAAAUUAUUCGAGAGAACAAGGAUCUCGAUCUUCCUGCUCACAAGGUAAUGGUUGCUACAGUCAGGUGUGAUGAAAUUGCAAACGAGAAGUUUGGCUGCCUAGCUUCGGAUGCAGAAUGGCUGGAAUUAGAGAAUGCCGUACAGUCAGGUUCAGUACAAGGUUUUGGGAAAAAACUUGGCUACAUUGUGGACGUUCACAUGCAAGAGUAUGACAAAGAAGCUGUCUAUUUUGAUGAAGCUGUUAGGAACGCCAAACGGAAAGUGCUGGAAUCUAGAAUACUGAAUCUUGUUCAACCUGCAUUCCAUAAAGUGUUGAGCUAUCUACGUGGUAAAGCUCUUGAGAAAUUUAAAAGCGAUCUUAAUCUAUCGCUGGAGAAUGGAAAAGGUUUUGCAGCAUCUGUUCGGGAAUCUACUGAAUCCUCUGUCAACGAAUUUGAUCAAGGGUGUGCAGAUGCUGUAAUCAAGCAGGCGGAUUGGGACUAUUCUAAAAUGCUAGAGAAAGUUCGGCGUGAUAUUGAAGAGCAUGCAUUUUCAAUUUCUGAACGCAAGCUAUCAGAACUAACAAGCCGUGCUAAGGAGAAACUAAGAAAAGCACUUGUUGAACCUGUCGAGUCUCUUUUUGAUGCCGCCAGUCAAACAACUUGGGAAUCAAUAAGAAAUCUUUAUAAACGUGAGACAGAGGCUAUCCUGCCAGAGUUUCUGAAUACCCUUUCUGGGUUUGAAAUGGAAAGUGCUGUGUCAGAAGGAAUGGUGUCGAAAUUAAGGGAUUAUGCCCGAAGUAUCGUGGAAAAUAAAGCUAAAGAAGAAGCUAACAAAGUUUUGAUGCAUAUGAAGGAGAGGUUCACAACGGUGUUUAGUCAUGACAAGGAUUCAAUGCCAAGGGUUUGGACAGGAAAGGAAGAUGUUCGUGCAAUAGCCAAGGAUGCUCGAUCUGCUGCUCUCAAACUUAUGUCCGUGUUAGCUGUCAUUCGCUGGGAUGACAAGCCAGAGAGGAUUGAAAACAUCCUCAUCUCAACACUUCUUGAUAGUCCUGUCGAAUCAAAGAGUUCAAGUGCUACUUCUGGUGAUCCACUUGCUUCAACUACUUGGGAAGAGGUUCAUGCAAAGCAUACACUUAUUACUCCAGCUCAGUGCAAGUCACUGUGGAAGCAGUUCAAAUCAGAAACUGAAUUUACCAUUACACAAGCAGUAACGGCCCAGCAAGCUCACAGGCGCGCUAAUGGCGGAAUGCCUCCCCCUUGGGCGAUGGUUGCUAUCGCUAUUCUUGGUUUUAAUGAGAUCAUGGCGCUACUGAGGAACCCAAUAUACCUGUUCUUGCUAUUUGUGGGUUAUUUAGUUGCCAAAGCUUUAGCAGUGCAGCUAGAUAUCGGCAGAGAAUUCCAGAAUGGCAUGGUUCCUGGGAUUAUUUCUGUUUCAGCAAAACUACUACCUAGUAUGCAGAAUCUUCUAAGGAAGGUCGCAAGUGAUCAGCAGCAGCAACAGCAAGGGCAGCAUCAGCAGCAACAUGGGCAACAGCAGCACCACCCUCAGACCACAGAAGCUCCGGAGCCCCAGCCACCGCUACUCCUGAGCCCCAACAGUUCAAUGAGAGAACUGCGGAGGCUACAUAUGCCACCAAGCCCGGUGCGCAGAUCUUUGUCAUCUCCAUCACACUCCUCGUCGUCGUCACCCUUGGGAUCACCCCGGAGAGUUUCAGAGGACCAGAAACCAAGACGAGCACUUGAGCCUGAAAGCGAGUCCAGCAGCACCUACUCGAUAGUGUGAUCCUGGGUGGAGACGGGGAAAUGGGGUAUGAACAUCUUGUUGGCCCAUUAGAAUGCAUAUA